UGAAGGUACUCCUUACGAAAUUGAUUUUCUUCCUCCUGGGCUCCUGGCCUUCUUCUCCUUCUCCAGUAAACCCUAAAAAUUAAUUCAUCUGCAUUUUAGUUUUUAUUUAUUAUAUUUGAGAAAAGAAGAACGAGAGUAAUUGUGGAGAAUAUCCCAUUGUUUGGUCUUUGUUCUUAAAUUUUCGAUUCACCAACAAACCAUUUGCUCCGAACCCACUCCCGCCGUGUCUGAUAGAGAAAAGAGCAGAACUCAUGUCGCCGUGAGAUUCUGGUGUGGGAUUUGGACCUUCUUUUCUUUGGAAAUUUCAUGGGCGAUCUUAAAGUGCCUUUGGGCGAUCUUAAAGAGGCUUUGGGCGGCGCUGCAGAGGAGAGAGAAGCACCAUCACCGCCUUCGACGUCGAACCCACGACAGUCUUAUAUAGAGCCGUGGCGUUGGGUCAGGGCGGAGGAAGCUUCCAGACAGAUUAUUCAGAAGGUACAGCCAACGUCUGUCUCCGCAGAGAGGAGGCGAGCGGUCUUCGAUUAUGUUCAGAGGUUGUUCAGGGGAACUCUAGGACUCGAGGUAUUCUCAUAUGGAUCUGUACCACUAAAGACCUAUCUUCCUGAUGGUGACAUUGAUUUGACUGCUUUUGGUAAUCUGAUGGUAGAGGAUGCUUUGGUCAAUGAUAUGGUAUCAGUUCUUGAAGGAGAGGAUCAAAAUGAUGAUGCAGAAUUCACCGUAAAGGAUGUCCAGCUUAUUCGAGCAGAGGUCAAGCUUGUGAAGUGUAUAGUACAAAAUAUUGUUGUUGACAUCUCUAUUAAUCAAAUAGGCGGCCUCUGUACACUGUGCUUUCUUGAAAAGGUCGAUCAACUCAUUGGCAAAGAUCACCUAUUUAAACGCAGUAUUAUUUUAAUCAAAGCCUGGUGCUAUUAUGAAAGUCGAAUCCUUGGCGCUCAUCAUGGCUUGAUUUCAACUUAUGCUUUGGAGACUCUUGUUUUAUAUAUCUUCAAUCUAUUUCACUCCGUGCUGGAUGGUCCUUUAGCAGUUCUCUACAAGUUUUUGGACUACUUUGGCAAAUUUGACUGGGAGAAUUAUUGUAUUUGUUUAUCUGGUCCUGUCCGCAUAUCAUCUUUGCCAGAACUUGUGGUUGAGGUUCCGGAAAAUGAUGGUGGCGAGUUACUGCUCGACAGUGAGUUUCUUAGAUAUUGUGCCAACAUGUUUUCUGUUUCUUCGAGAGGGUAUGACAUGAACUCCAGAACCUUUCAACAAAAGCAUCUUAAUAUAGUUGACCCUCUUAAGGAGAACAAUAAUCUUGGCCGUAGUGUGAGUAAAGGAAAUUACUAUAGAAUACGGAGUGCAUUCACAUAUGGUGCCAGGAAGCUUGGGAGAAUACUUUUGCUGUCAGAUGAUGACAGCAUUGUUGACGAUGUUCAUAAUUUCUUUUCCAACACUUUAGGUCGACAUGGAAACGGACAGAGGCCAGAUGUUCAAGAUCCUAAUCCCAUUUCAGAGAUUGAUUUAUCUCAAUUUGAUGAGAUCAGUUCAAGAGGGCAAUCUGGUAAUCAUACUGACACCAGCACAAAAAACUAUAAUUUGGAUCCUUCUUAUGGAUCAUCAGACAAAGAAGCCAGAGAUGAAGAAGGCACACCAAGAGAUGCAGCGUGUCCAUAUAAACAUACAUCGGAGACUGUAAAACAGAAUCUAUUGGUUCAUCGCCUUUGUGGAGAUGCUACGGAACUAGCUACCUCAAAGACACAAGACCUUGAAUUGUGUAAUGGCUCAUCCAAACAUCCCAUCCUCACUUGUAAUGGAGAGGUGAAUAUAGGCAACUUGGAGAAGCAGUUCGAUGGACACGAAAACAACCACGAGUCUGAUUUACAACCAAAAUCUAAUGAUGAGAAGGGUUUGCAACAUGCGAAUUCUCUGUUGGACCUUAGUGGUGAUUACGAGCAUCAGUUAAGUUGCUUGCAAUAUGGUCGAUGGUGUUACGAGUGUACCUCAAUUGUGCCCACAAUGCUGAUUCCACCCCCACCCCCACCCCCAAUCAAUCCAUUUCAAAUCAAGUCAUGGAAUCCCCAACCCCUGCCAAAUUUCCAAAGGAAUGGCUUUUCUAACGGCGGUGUUCCAAACCCUAAUGGUGGUGUUUCAAACAGACCGGGCUUUUCUAAUGGCGGCGUUCCAACCCAAGCAUUUUAUACCUUAAGCCCCCCUUUACCUCCAAACAUUGCUUUUGGUGAGAUGCACAAGGCCCGAGGAACCGGAACAUACUUCCCGAACAUGAGCCGAUGCUUACAAGGUCACAGGCUGCCACCCCUGCCUUCAGUUAGGAGUCCAGCACCUGCCAUGAGGUCUGCUCACCUAGCCAAUGGGUGGAAUGCAACAUUUGACAGAGACUGGCAUGAGCUACCACCACCACAAUCACAAUCAGCUGGUGUUGAUUGUUUUGAAGUCCACAACCAGUCGUUCUCCCCUGGUGGCAACGGGUAUUGUCCAAACAGUACAAAUGGCACUGACCCAGUCAUUGAGUUCGGCACAGUGGGCCAUGUUCCCCCGCUCUCGCCCUCAUCAGAACGAAGCAAGCAACGCAAGCACUUCUCUUUGCCAAGCCAACAACAAUCAUCAAAUCCUAAUUUAAGUAGGGACACCGAUAGGGCUUCUCCUUCUCCGGUUAAAUCUGCUUACCACCUCAAAGAUGACGACGAUUUCCCUCCAUUAUCUGUCUGAAUACGGGUGGUGGGCGAGUGGACGAUUUCACAAAAACACAAAAACACUAUACAUAUGUUUGGCGCGGUUUCUCCGUUUCUGUAAUGCCAGUCAUUUGAAUCUCUUUGUACAUUGUGUACUAAUUCAGAAUAUGUUUUGCCAGCAAAGCUUCUGCUUUGCCAUUAGUUUGUCAUGUAAGUUGCCUUGUAUAGGAUUUUUUUUAAUAUUAAUUUUUUUUACAGAGGUUUUUUGUUUCUCCAUUACCAACUGUACUUACGAG